AUGUUUCCAAUUCCGAAAAUCGCAAAGGUGUGCAUUGCUCCAAAAAAGGGUGAGGUUCCCCUUUUGGCACACAAUUUGGAUCGCGUGUUGUUUUCUCCUGGAGUUCAUUUCUUACAGGAUCCAAGAACAAGGAUAUACAAUUUUACACCAUUUUUGAAGAAUGUCAUAAAUUACCGUGACUUUAAUUUUGAUGCUGUAUCUUCAUAUACUCCAGUAUCAAAGCAUAAAGUCAUGCUUAUGAAUGCGCAAAAAUUCAAAAAGCAGUUUUAUUCUAGUACUUCAUCCAUGACCUCCUUAUUGAGUAAAUUCUAUAUGUUCUUGAACAAUUACUCACGUCAUCGUGUAAACAGAUUUGGAAAUAUCCCAUUUAGUGGGAUGAUUAAUGAUUUACCUUCGAUAAUUUUUGCUCAACCCCAAGGUGAAUUUCAAGAUGAGCAAGGGAACUCAAGAACAGUAUACUCCUUACAAGAAGAUAGUUCUUGUGAUGCAGAGAUUUUGCUAAGUGCCAUGGGUGUUUGUAUGGAAACUUUGCUUACUAACCCGGAGAAGGAAUUUUUAAAGUACAAGAAAGAAAAAGGUCACAAAGCUUUGUCACUGAAUGGAGAGCAACAAUCACCUCAACCACUGCAUUCCUUGACUCCUCUGCCUCCUUCUCCCCCAGUGAACUCAUAUAAUUAUGCAUCUGUAGGUAGCUUUUUGAUGCGUUCCCAAUUGGACUGUUAUGACCCUCGACUUCCUGGGAACGGGACGUUUGAUUUGAAAACAAGAGCUUCAGCGAAUGUGAGGUACAAUUCACGAGAUCCGAAUGCCGGUGAAGGAGAUUACCAAAUUUUUAAACUCCGCGGUGAUUUUGAGAGCUACGAAGCUGAAUUUAGGGAUUUAAUAAGAACUGGCGCUAUGCUUAAAUACUUGUUUCAAGCCAGGAUUGGUCAAAUGGAUGGUAUUUUCAUAGCAUACCACAAUGUCAAUUCCAUAUUCGGGUUCCAGUACUUGCCCUUGGAAGAAUUGGACAAAUUGUUUUAUUGUGAAAAAUUCAAUGAGAAACAACUUAAAGCUGACUUGGAGACAGUUGCGAUCGAAGAACACCAUGGACAAGAGAAUUUACCAUCCUUCAUAGGUGAAACUCAAUUCAAAUUUUCAAUGGAGAUGUGGGAGAAGUUGAUGACAAACCAUAUUUUAAAAGAUUUUGCCGAGGCUGGACUCAAAGACACGCCGUUCCGAAUGCUUGUUGAAACUGUUCAACCAAGAGGUACAAAGAACAAGUUCCUUCGUGUAAUUGCUAUACCUGUUACCGUUGACGAAAUUAAAGAAUUUCAACUGUUCCCCAAGAAGCACCCAACGGACUUCAAGCAAGACUUGACAGAUGAACAAAGACAAACCAAUCUACAAAAGCAUUCAAAGGAGCUAAAAGUGUACAACGAGCAAACUACAAGAGACCGCAAAAUUUUGCAAUACACUAUAGAUCUCCAUCUGUCAUUUGUCAAUGGCGAGUCCUCUCCUUAUUACAUUUUACCGAAAGUCAUCACUAAAGACUGGAAAUUAUCAUACACAAUCACAAAAGUAGACUUUGAUGCUAAAACAAAUUUGAAAAGAAUGUUGAGCCAAGCAGUUGACAAGUUGCUAUUAAAGUCGGGCCAAACAUUAACUUCGUUGCAAAAAAUACACAAAUUUUAUGAGAAAUUGGGAACUUUAAGGAAAGAAAAUUGGGCAUUGAAGGAAGAGGUUCCGCAAGUGUACAAACCGGUAUUUAAAGACGACGAUGCAUAG